AUGAGCAAAAAAGAAGAAAAAAUCGAUAAUAAAAAGAAAAAAACUUUCCAACGAUGGUAUUGGCUAGAAAAAAAACGAAGAAAAAGAGAGAAGAAAAACCGCAACAACAUCAUUACUAGUGGAAGUGUUGUUCGAUCAACACCACCACUAUGGUGGUCGUCGACAAGUUUAAAAUGCCAUCUAUUUAGUCAACAUACAUUCAAUAAAACUUGUAUUGAAAGUAUAUGGAAAUGGUCAACAACAACAACAAAUUCUUCAACAAUUUUAAUUGAUAAUAAUAAACAAAUUUUAUUUCAUCCAAGAAUAAGUUCGUCAACACAAGUUAUUCUUGCUGAUAGACCAUUACCAUGUCAUGGAAAACAUUAUUGGGAAAUCUAUAUGCCAGCUGUUUAUGGAACAUCUAUUAUGUUUGGUAUUGCAACAAAUAAACAAAAUUUAAUUUCAACAGAUUUUAUUGAUUUAAUUGGGAGUGAUCAACAUGGGUGGGCUCUAUCACAUCAUGGUUUAUUAUGGCAUAAUGGAAUUUCACGUUCAUAUUUAGCGAAACCAUUAGAAUUACUUCAACCAGUUUUAAUUGGAUUAGAGUUUGAUGCUGAUGCUCGAACACUUUCCUAUAGAAUUAAUAAUCAAUCAAUGGGUAUUGCUUUUCAUUCAAUUCCUAAAAAUAUUCCAAUUUAUCCCGCUGUAUCAUCAACAAGUGCACAAAGUACAAUGAUUCUUAAACAUUGUUGCCAUAUAUGUUCAUCAUUACGUGAAAUUUGUUUAAAAAUUCUUAGAUCAAUUAAAUUAACCAAUAACAUUCCUUGUAAUUUAUUACCACGUCAUCUUAAUUCUUUUAUUUUUUCUUCAUAA